AUGUCGCUCCGACGAGCCCUGGCCCCGCGCUCCAUCCACAUACGCAUCGUCCCUCGCCCAGCCAACCUCUCAGAGAGCCGGGAAAUCUACCGCGUGCUGCAAAAGUUUGGCCAACUCGAUACCUUCAAGUACCUACGGUACGAAUAUCAAAACCCCGCAGACAAUGUCGCUCUUGCCAUCUACCGGGACGAAAGGUCCGCUCAGCGCGCCCUCGACGCCUCGCCCCUCCGCUUCGCCUUGGAAAAGGCCGUUUCUCCCGCCACUACCCACCCACCACAAUCCCCUUCGUCGCAAGAAGAAGAAGAGGGCAGUGACAUAGAAAAUUCCUCCGCCGAUCAAAUACAGCACACCAAAGGCAUCGACGAGAUCCUGCGCCCCUCGCAGCUUGCAAACCGUUCCUGGCAAUCUACAUACACGACCAAGCCACCUUCUAAGCCAACUCCCAUGCCUUUCGAGUCCCCAGCGCCCUCCGGGAAACAAAUCAAGCAGUCCAAAUGGUUCCAAGUAACCAUAGAUCGUUCACGAGCUGUGCAUCAAGAUUACAUCGAGCGCCAACCCUUCUGGAAGCAGUUCAACCCAAUGAAGAGCAUGGCUCAAGAAGACCUGGCAAAGAUAGUGCCACAUCCAGGACUGAGCGAUAUCAGCAGGCGCCCACCCAAUGCCCAUCGAACGCCCUCCCGCGUGCUCAAAAUUAUGAAUGACUACGUGGAGACCAAAAUGCCGACACUGCGAGGAAUAUUCGAGGGCAGCGAAGCAGAUCGCGCAUUCGAACAAAGAAGACAAUCCAGCAAAUGA